AUGAUAGCCACUCACAAACGGAAGCAAUACACAGAAACACCUUUUGAAUAUAAUCAUAAAACUUCCACUCCACAUGUGAGUCUUCAGCGUCUAACGUUCGACCCUCCCUCAUAUUUUGUAUGGUUUGAAAGCGUAUGUGCUUUUGUCAAAGAUGACCAUAACAUAUGUACCAUGUUAGUGUUAAGCCACUACUCCAAAAACAUCGAUAACGAUGAAGAAUAUCUACAUGAAGUAUCCCAAAGUAUAAAGGCCUGUGAAGCAAACUUGAAAUUGAAUGCCUAUAUCAAUGAAACAUUGUUGCGGUCCGUUGAUCCUCAACUAGGAUUAUCCGUUGGAGUGUCUACCAUGGAAUCUGCCAGUGAGAACUUUGAAAGAUUGAAAUCAUAUUUCAGUGGUCGGAUUAGUGCCUUUUAUUAUCUUAAUUUGGAAUCACAGUUGAAAUUUGAUAUCAACAAUGUCUUGCAGUUUUUAAAAGAUAUCGAUUGUCUUUCACGUGUGUAUUCAUUUGCGUUCCGCGGGGAUGCUCAAAUGACACCAGAAUUGAAACUUCAAUGGAUUAUGAAUUCUCUAAGGGGGAACCAGGAGAUCUUAUUGGAUAUUCAAAACGACUGGGAGAAUAUUAUCAAGAAUCCAAUGUUAUUAAGAUCCAUCUUGACUAAACAUCUGAAUAAAGCUAAAAGAGUAAGAAGAGCUUUGAUGGAUGUAUGA